CAGGCAGACAGCUGGGGGUCUCCGCGCGCGCCUUUAAGAGCCCGCAGAGCGCACGGACGCCCACAUUUCAAACCCGACCUCACCGCGUAAAGAGCGCGCACAGACGCCAGAGUCUGACUCCUUCACCGCUCCACUCUUUGCACACAUCUCUCUUCCUCUUCGAUUCGUGUUCUCGCUCAGUUGGCUUGGAUCUGGUCGGUCGAGUCCCACACCGCGACUCUAAACGGAUGUAAGGAAGAUUUUCUUGCUCUUUUAGUUGUUUAAGAAGACCCGGCUCCUUCGUCUCUCCCCGCCCGGACACCAACAUGAUGUCCUAUCUGAAGCAGCCGCCGUAUACGGUGAACGGGCUCAGCCUUUCCUCCGGGAUGGACCUCCUGCACCCCUCCGUCGGAUACCCAGCAACACCAAGGAAGCAGAGGCGCGAGAGGACGACCUUCACGCGCGCUCAGCUGGACGUGCUCGAGAACCUGUUCGCCAAGACGCGCUACCCCGACAUCUUCAUGCGCGAGGAGGUGGCCCUCAAGAUCAACCUGCCCGAGUCCCGCGUUCAGGUCUGGUUCAAGAACAGACGGGCCAAAUGUCGCCAGCAGGCCCAGCAGUCACAGAGCGGCGCCCAGAGCAAUAAGCCCGCACGGCCGGUCAAGAAGAAGGGCUCCCCCAUCCGGGAGGCCAGCUCGGAGAGUGGGGCCAGCGGCCAGUACACACCACCCUCCAGCACCCCGAUCCCGGCCGUGAGCAGCAGCGCCGCUCCGGUCUCCAUCUGGAGCCCGGCCUCCAUCUCCCCCCUCGCCGACCCGCUCUCCACUUCCUCGUCGUCCUGCAUGCAGCGCUCAUACCCCAUGACCUACAGCCAGGCGUCGGGAUACAACCAGGGCUACACGGGCUCCUCGUCCUACUUCGGGGGCAUGGACUGCGGCUCCUACCUCUCGCCCAUGCACCACCACCAGCUGUCGGCGGCGGGCUCCACCAUGAGUCCAAUGGGAGGCGGCAACGGGGGGCACCUGAACUCGGCGUCAUCCCUCUCCGCCUCGGCGUACGGGGCCUCUGCGGGGCUGGGCUUCGGAGGGCCCGCGGACUGCCUGGACUAUAAGGACCAGACCGCUUCCUGGAAGCUCAACUUCAACGCGGACUGUUUGGAUUACAAAGACCAGUCGUCGUGGAAAUUCCAAGUGUUGUGAGGGUGGAGAAGAGGAAAGAAGGGGAAACAUUUUUCUUGUGACUUGGGGACAUGGAUGUUGAAAGACUUCGAGGCCCCGGAGUCGGGAGUGGGGAGGCCGUCACUGAAGAGUUGGUGGUCCCUUGUUUCUACCUCGGGUCCCGCGCGUAACGAGGUGGACAGCCCCGUCACCUCUCGGGUUAAUUUAUUGAACACUGCUGAACUUUUUGAUUGAUCGAAUACGUGGAACUAAAUAGCCAAUAAAGAACAGCAUGAGAGAGAGAGAGAGAGAGAGAGAGAGAGAGAGAGAGCGAGUGCGUGUGCGUGUGCGUGUGCGUGUGUGUGUGUGUGUGUGUGUGUGAGAGGGAGACAACUCUGUCGUGAACCCGGAUGCACUAUUUAAUUUAUAAAGUAUGUUUAUAAGACACUAGUUACAAAGACAAUCAGUCCCGUGUGCGCUCACACAAGUUUCCCCCUAUGUGUUGUUUUGAUUUCAUUCCUGUUUCGUUUCCUUUUGCUGUGUUAGAAGUUUGAGACUGUGAUACUGUGUGUACAUGUAUGCCUGUUUGCUGAGCUGUGACUUGGAUAGUUUAAUUUUCUAUGUCUCCAAUGUUAAAUGAUAAGUUAUAAUACACACUAUUAGUUGAAAUAGGGUAUGCUGGGCGGAGGGAUACACUCCUGUGAGGAGGCCGAGCACACAACAAUAAAUAAAAGAUUUCAAAUGA